GACAGAUUGACAGUUGACAAGUAAUUUGUAUGAGCAGCUAAAAACAUUGAGCGCAAUGUUAAAUUAAUAAAUAAGCGGCUUAAAACUUCACGCUUUCCGUAAGAAAUUUACGUUACAAGUUUUCUUUUGAAAGGCGAACCGAAAUGGCUGAAAAGCUAAAGAACAUACCUGAACAAAAGCUAAAGGCCUUUUCAAUAGGCACAAUGGGCAAACGAAUACUGUCCAAGAAGGAAAUGGAAGAGCAGAGAAAAAGAGAAGAAGAAAAAGCUGCUGCACAUGUAUUUCAAGAGUUUGUGGAGACGUUCCAAGAAGCACCACUAAAUGGGAGUUCCAAAGUUUGGGUAAAAGCUGGUACUUAUGAUGCAGGAGCUAGAAAGGAGGAUACAAAAGACAAAGGGAAGUUAUAUAAGCCGACAUCAAGAAUAGCACCACCAACUACAGAAGCUUAUUCAUCAGCAGAGAGAGCUUAUCAGUACGCAAAAUUGCUUGCUAAUGACAAAAAGCCUGAGAGGCUAGGGAAGAAAAAGUCUCAGACUAAGAGUAAUCUUGAAACUUUCAUGGAGGAGCUAAGACAGAUCCAGGAAGAAAGGGAGGAAAGGCAUAAAUACAAAGGUUCAGUUCGGACACCAAUAGAGAAUGAAUUAGACCUUUUUAUGAGAACCGGAGAUAUAGGAUCUUUCGACAAUGGAGAUCCGACGACCACAAAUUUAUACCUUGGAAAUCUAAAUCCAAAGAUUACCGAACAGCAAUUGAUGGAAAUCUUUGGACGAUUUGGCCCUUUGGCAAGCAUAAAAAUCAUGUGGCCCAGAUCAGACGAAGAAAAAGCCAGGGGUAGGAAUUGCGGCUUCGUGGCUUACAUGGCACGAAAAGAUGGAGAAAGGGCAUUGAAAGCACUCAACGGAAAAGAUAUUUUAGGUUAUGAGAUGAAACUGGGUUGGGGCAAAUCCGUUAUUAUCCCCCCACACCCAAUCUACAUUCCGCCAGUACUUUUAGAUCUUUCUCAGCCUCCACCACCAUCGGGCUUGCCUUUCAAUGCUCAGCCGAUGGCAAGAGACAAAGACGUCCUUCCGAAAUCGCAAGAAGAACUCAACGAAAUACUGUCCAGGGCAGUUGUUAAGGUCGUAAUUCCACAGGACAGGAACCUGAUCAUGCUUGUACAUAGAAUGGUAGAAUUUGUUGUAAGGGAAGGACCUAUGUUUGAAGCUAUGAUUAUGAAUAGGGAAUUGAACAACCCGCAGUUCAGAUUCCUGUUUGAAAACCAAAGUCCGGCUCACAUUUAUUACAGAUGGAAGGUAUAUUCUAUCUUACAUGGGGACUCGCAAAAAGAGUGGAAUACAAAGGAGUUUAGAAUGUUUAAAAAUGGGUCUGUUUGGAAACCACCAAUAAUGAACUGCUACACAAACGGUAUGCCAGAUGAAUUGAUCAAAGAUGACGAUAUGAAGGAUAGUUCAAAAGGCACCCUUUCACAUUCGCAACGCGACAGACUAGAAGACCUAAUAAGGGGUUUAACACCCGAAAAAACAAAAAUAGGCGAAGUGAUGGUGUUUUGCAUAGAACAUAGUGAGGCAGCUGAAGAAAUAGCCGAGUGCAUAACUGAAUCUCUUUCAAAUGAAUCCACAACUCUAACUAAAAAGACAGCCCGAUUGUAUCUGGUAUCAGAUAUACUUCAUAACUGUCAAGUCAAAGUGAACAAAGCGUAUUUUUUCAGAAAGGCGUUUGAAAAUAGGCUGGUAGGUAUAAUGAAGCAGGUGAAACUAACGUAUGAUAAGUUAGAAGGAAGACUCCAAGCAGAAGGAUUCAAAAUAAGGGUGCUAAGAACCCUAAAAGCAUGGGAGGAUACUAUUUACCCCAAGGACUUUAUGUCGAGACUACACAAUACAUUUUUGGGAAUCGAACCAGAGGAACCAGACGAGAGUCCUAAGCAAGAGGAAGAUACUGAUGGACUUCCUUUGGAUGUCCCAGAUUCAGACGUUGACGAUGGUGUACCAGUAGAUGGUUCUGCAUUGAGAUCAGCGAUGAUGCAUUACGAAAGUAGCGCCUCUGGAGAUGACCCAGAUUUGGAUGGUGAAGAGUUACCAACCGAGGAUAGCCAACCAAAACCGCCGUUGUCUGGAUUCAUCACCUCUAAAUGGGAAACAGUAGAUCCGGAUCAAGUUGAGGCCCAAGCAAUGACAACCAGCAAGUGGGACAUGCUGGAAAAUAGCCAGGAUGCUAGUCAAGAAAGCAGCGCCAAUGAAAGAGAUGACUCUGUUGACUACGGCGAUACAAGGGAUAUGACUGAAGAAAAGCGCCAAAAAUUGAGGGAGAUUGAAGUAAAAGCUGUCCAAUACCAAGAUGAGCUUGAAUCGGGCCAGAGGCAGUUGAAGAGUGGUUGGACUUUACCUCAGCAGGUAGAACAUUACAGAAGGAAAUUGUUGAGAAAAUCGGAAAAGGAGAAAAAAGAGAAGAUCGAAAAAUUGUCAGAAAAGAAGCACAAAAAGGAGCGGGAUUUCGACAGAAGUGAAAGAAGGGUCGUUGUCGAGAGUUCUGACGAUGAACAAUACUAUAAAGACGCUGCUUCUAGGAAAAGCAAAAAACAUGUGCGAAGCUCAUCAAGUGGUUCUACUACCAGGCGCAGGUCAAAGAGCCGGUCCCCAUCAUCAUCUCGCAAACGUCGUUGCAAAGCGAUCACACCUCCAAGUCCUCCACGAAUCCGACCCUCCCGAUCCACUCGCAGACGUGAUUCUGUCUCCCCUACAGGAUCUACAGACAAAUACAGCCCUAAAAGGCACAGAAUAGCCACACCAUCGCCACCUCGCGCCUCUAAACACAGCCGCAGGUCCACGUCGCCAAGGAGCGGUCACAGCAGUCCCAGGUCCAACUCGUCGCGGUCAAGGUAUCAUUCACCAGAACCCAAGAAACACAGACAUAAACAUAAAUAUUAGAGACUUGUUUUAAAAAUAUCACUAGAUCUAUACUGUAGCAAAGAGGAGGUAAAUCAAGUGAGGACAUUCCUUUGAAGUCUGUCAUUUUUAGACCAGGCUCCCCAGAUGCGUCAAAUACGACGAUUUGUCAAAUAAGCAAUUUGAGGCUGUAAUGUAAUAUUCCGCGUAGAGCCCUAAAAGUAAAAUUUUGUAUUCAUAAUGCUCGUGAAACAGUAGUUUACUAUAUUCCAAAAUAUUCGACCACUUCAUUUUUUUCAUUAAUUAUAGUCACCUAAAUUCAUCAUAAAAAAGUCAGCUGUAAUUUUACCCGCCUUGUUUAGAUGUCUUCUCUUAUUAUACCUCUUUUUGGUUGUAUUGCAAUAGAAUGCAGCUGAAGGUUUACCUAUAUAUGGCGAUUUAAUAUUUAGUCCAUUUGAAAUGUUUUCUGUAAGAUGCCAAAAUUCGAUUUUUGUGAUGUUUUUCAGCUAAUUCUAUUGUACUACUAUGAGACGUAUGUUACAAGCAUGUGCUCAACACUGUUAAUGUCUGAUUCGCUCAGAAGUGUUGAAUUUCCUGUAUAAAGUUGUACUUCAAAGCUUCACUCUAUACAUUUCAUUUGUUUCAGAGCAAAAAAUCGUAGAUUUGCAUUUCAGAAGUGAUACAGAGUGAGCCAACCACGCAUAAGACAAGAAAUCAUUUUUUUUCAAACUUCAUGUAUUAUAGUAUUGUAAGAUUAUUUAGUCCUAUCAUUGAUCUAGUAUCAAAGUUCAUUUCCUUAUGAAAUGCCUCUGUUGUUUUGAUAAAUCUUUUUAAGACAAGAACAAAGAUGAAAGUGAUGCGUGGAGCACCUUGUACUUAUUCACUUUUAGCCAUCUCUAAAUUAUGUUUUUAAUACCAUGUUAAAGGAAUUUAUUAUAUAUUUGAUUAUAACUUUACACAAGCUAUAUGUUAAAAUUAUCUUUAUUAUAUCAUAGUGUAAAAAGUAAUGCAUUUUUUGAUUAUAAUACUUUAUAUCCCA